ACUUGAGCAACUACCAAUGCAACUACCAUCUCUAUAAUAAUAGUAUCCACUUAUACAAGUUUUACAUUUAAAUGAUACUUCACAUAUUGAACAAUAUUAAGAACAAUACCCUGAAGUAAAUUGAACUGAAGCAAUCCCCCAUCCUGCUGUAUUAUCGCUACUUAAUAUAGAUUUAAUUUACGUAUAAUUGCCAACAGCUCUAAAGAAAAUUGGUAAAUUCGGAAUGUCUAUAUAAGUAAUUAAUUCAUAUCUCUGGUUUGUAGAAUAAGUUAAAUAUGAACCAUAGUUCGAAGUUGAAAAAAUUUUUAGUUUAUGUGUUUGAAUACCAGAGGAAUUUCUAUAAAUCGAUCCAUAAUACGUG